CCAUCCUACACAUACAGUGAUGGUGAUAUCAUUCUCAAAACGUCGGACGAUGUCUACUUCCGCGUCCAUUCGAUCAUUCUCAAGCUCGCCUCAGGCUUCUUCAGGCAGAUGCUUGAUAUUCCACGCGCGGAGACUGAAUCGUCGGACGAAGCGAUCCCACUGACGGAGAACAGUAAAGUAAUCGCGUUCCUACUCGACCUUGUAUAUCCAACGACCGGCACUAGUGGAGAAGAUUCGAAUGGAGUAGCACGUUUCCCGAGGCUGGACACUCUCAGUUUUACCUGGGCCGUUACGAAUGCAGCAGACAAGUACGAUAUGCCUCGGGCACUCGCAGCUGUGCGCGCAAUCGUAUCGAACUCAGAAACACUACAAGUUGCUCCACUUGGACUAUAUGCACUCGCUUGUCGAUGGAAGUGGGUUGACGAAGCACGUGCUGCGUCGACUGCGACACUCUCAAAGCAAAUAUUACGCCCGGAGAACUUCGCCAUCUUGCGAAUGAUUGAUUCUGGUCCGCUCUGUAACCUUUUGGAACUUCAUGCGAAACGUAAAGAGGCGAUAUUG